AUGGAUUUAGCGUUGGGGAAAAAGGGUUUUGAUUUUGCUCUGAGGAACAAAAAGUGGAUUUUACUAGCAGCAAGUGCUUAUGUUUCUUUUAGGGUUUAUCAUUCUCCUUCAAUUACCCAGAAAAGAAAACGAAUCUCUAAGCUUUUUACUCUUCUUCUCAAUCUCAUCGAAGCAGCUUCUGAUUCCGCCGAAUCGGUUAGUGUAAUCACUAAAGAUCUGACGCAAUUUCUCAGAUCCGAUUCCGAUCAAAUCCCAAACAGCUUCAAGCAGAUUUCCAAAAUCACCAAAUCAGACGAGCUCAAUUCGUCGUUAAUCCGAUUCACACAAGCCGUAACCGUCGGUUUACUCCGUGGGUACCGAUUAGAUUCCGGUAACGACGAUGAAUCCGGGUCGGGUUUUACAGAUCGGGUCAUGGAUAAGCUCUUCACGAAAUCCGGGUCGGGUUUUGCUUCGGCGAUUGUUGGUAGCUUCGCUAGAAACUUAGUCGUCGGUUACUAUUCCUCCUCUUCCUCUGUCUCCGGUGAAUCUCCGGUCUCGUCUAAAUUACUCGACGCGGUUUGCUCCGAUGACGGUAGAAAACUAAUCUGCGAUUGCGUUCAGCGUUUCGUUACCACUGCGGUUUCGGUUUAUCUCGAUAAGACGGUAGACGUCAACGUUUUCGACGAUUUAUUCGCCGGUUUAACCAAUCCGAAACACGAACAUAAAGUUAAGCAAACGCUCGUAACGCUGUGUAACGGUGCGGUUGAAACGUUUGUGAGAGCGUCUCGAAGACAGACCGGUACAGAACCGGAGUUAAACCGAUCAGGAUCAUCGUGUUCAGAUGAUUCAAGGCUGACGACCGUUGGAUCGACGAAACCGGCUUGGAUCGAUCGGGUAUCGUCGUCGUUGUUGGUACCGAGUAACCGGAAAUACGUGGUGGAUUUAACCGGGAGAGUAACGUUUGAGACGGUACGAUCGUUGUUAGAAGUGUUGAUUGAGAGAGCAAAUGGUAAAGUGGAGAGUUAUGUGGAGAAAGUGAGAGAGAGAGGAAACGAGACAAGGAGAUUUGUGAGAGUGAAAACAUCAAUUCUACAUAGUUUAUGUUUGUCUUUGUGUUUACAGAUUGUUGAAGCUCCAUGGAUGCUGACUCCAAGAAACUGA